AUGCGGAGAAAAUAUUAUUAUUAUUAUUAUUAUUUUGAUUUUUCAGGGAUGAAAACGAUGAGGAAAGAGUUCGACUUUACAGCGAAAGCUACGAUACAAAAUAUGCGAAAAGUUUUCGCCAUUUUACAAGGGAAGCUCUUCCGAGGAUGGACAAUUAUAGGAAUAUCAUGUCCAUUCACGCAGCUUACAGGCCUACCUUGGAUGAACUUCACGAUGCCACACUUCAUGGAAAAGUAA